AUUUCAACCGUCCUCCCACAAUGAACCAAAUUUUGCCGCUCUCCAAACAGCCAAGUAUCCGUUAUCGUGCAGAGGUCUGCCCUGUAGGCUUCCCGUAAAGAUGGUUUUUAUUAACGGAACAAAAUAUGCCUGCGCAACUUGUAUCAAAGGCCACAGGUCAACCGCUUGUCACCAUGGAGAUCGGACCCUCUACGAGAUCAAACGAAAAGGUCGGCCAGUAACACAGUGCACACAUUGUCGCGAACUUCGCAAAACACAGAGAGUCCAUGUCAAAUGUACCUGCAAUGAGCGUAAAAUUGGGGACGGGACUCAAAGUACGGUUUCACCCAGUAAUUCAAACAUUGACGUGUCGAGUUUAACAGGAGCCAAUAUUGGUCUAAAUUAUAAGCAUUCAGUUGAGGCUUUGCUGAACCCUUGUAGAUGUAGGAUAGGAGCUAAAUGCAUAUGCUGUCGACCAAUUGAUGAAGAGAAAGAUUCAUCAGGUCAGCGACGUCGGAGACGUAGCAAACCUAAUAAACUAUGCCAUACGAGCAAUAAAGGAAAGAAUAAUUCAUCCGAGGUUCAAACCGUUCGAAAACUGGCACCACGUCCAUUGCCUCAAGAACCCUACAGUAAUUCACUCCGUCGACUCUCAUUAACUAUUAUCACGCAUGAAGAUAUCGGGAACAGCGACUCGCCGAACACGCCUGAAUUUUUUGAAGACGAUUCACAAGAUCUGUUAUCACAAAUUUCAUAUGAAUCGACUACUCCAUCGCCUCAAGACGUUAUUGAGCCGAGCUUGCCCCAUCAAGACGAUGAUCCUGAAAAUUAUGCUAUGAAUGAGAGUGAGAUUCUGGGGGAGACUGUGACUCAGGGUUCUUCAGAAGAUCUUGUUAACAUGAUCUAUCAGCCAUUUCAAAGUUGUACAUCUACGUUUGGGGAUGGCAGUUGUUGUGGGACGCGUGCUUGUCAUUGCGGUUCGUCGUGCUCUUGUGAUGGGUGUACUACCCAUGCACAAGCGGGGGAGCAAAGUCGUAAUUCAGCUUCCAAUUCCAUAGACAGUGAUGGAUGCUGUCGGAUAGACAUAAAGAAACUGAUAAAUCCAGAACACACGAUAGUAAUCGAUGAGGAUGGUGUAGAAGUUUGUGGUUGUGGGUGCAAAAAGCCAAAUUCUGCAUGUUCUGAUUGCGUCGCUAGUCUUUGCGAAGCAGAGAAGAUUGUGCGUGGACAGACGGCACAAAUAAUAGAGGCAGCAAAACAUACAUUCAAUACAAUAACAUCCAAUGACGUAAAAAUACGUAACAUACCAGCACCUGUGGAAGUUCCUAUUUCUACGCUUGCCCAUGGAUUAGAUCGAGUACUAUUCAAUCCAGGUGUACACUAUCUCCAGGAUCCAAGAUCACGUGUCUUUAACUUUGAUCCGUUUCUCAGGGAUAUCUGUCCCCCACCAGAAUUUGAUUUUGAUGCUCUUGGUAUCCCAUAUAUUCUCCCGUCGAAAGAUAAGAAUCUGCAAGACUUGGCAAGGAAGUACAGUUCAAAAUAUUGUGGAUCAACCUCGUCGAUGACUGGCGUGUUGUCACAUGUAUAUUUCUUGAUAUCAUCGUGGAAGCCGGUUGAUAUUUCGACAUUGUCUUUAGCAUUUGCAAAAGAGUCUGCUUCUUACACAUCAACAGCCAAAUCACCGACAACUAUAUUUCUACGAUAUCGGGAUGGCAUUUACGCUGUUGAAGUUGACAAGAGCUUGGACGUUGAGAACAUUUUAAAAGACUUUGGUAGAGAGUUAGAAUUUUUCUAUACAGUUCCACCUGGGGCAAACGAUCUUCUUUUAAGAGCGCAGAUCGAUUGUCAUGACCCGAGAUUACCAAAUAAGACGUUUGAUAUCAAGACACGUGCAGCAAUAGCAGUUCGCAUGGACUUUGGAAACUACCAGUUAAACGCAGGCUAUCAAAUAAAGACGUCCCAUGGAUUGUACGAGUCUUUUGAGAGAGAAUAUUAUGACAUGAUGCGUGCAGCUUUCUUAAAAUAUAGCCUUCAAGUGAGAAUAGGUCAGAUGGAUGGAGUUUUUGUUGCGUUCCAUAAUACGGCAAGAACAUUUGGGUUUCAAUAUAUACCGUUAGAGGAAAUGGAUAGAUGUUUAUUUGGGAAUUCAUAUAUGGGAGAUCAGUCUUUUCUCAUCUCUUUAAAGUUACUUAAUGAAGUAUUCGACACGGCUACAAAUAGAUUCCCCAACAAGACACUCCGCAUGACGUUUCAAAACCAUCUUAAAGCACCGUUAAUGAACGUCUACAUUGAAGUUUGCGAAGACGAUCCCCAGGCCGAGCAAGCGACGCCUCUACCGCCUGGCCCCGACACUAUAGAGAAAUAUCAUGUUGGAUGCUACUCGAUAAUCAACAAGAGACCCACAUUUCAUCCGUUUAAAUUGCGUCAAAAUGAACCUUGGAAGUUGAAGUACUAUAUAUCGCGACGCCAAAUGAUGCCUACAAAAAUUAAAGACGAGAUGAAAAGGGCAGUAGUCAAACAACUCAAGGCGUGGGGAGCAUUGAAAGAAACUCAGGGCGAGGAGCCUGACCUAGAUCAUUUCCAAAAACUAUUAAGGAAAAUGAGCGAAAAAGGAUUUAGAGAAAUGGCACGAGAGGUGGAUAAGGAUCAUAUUCUUUGGGUACCAAUGGGUAAUACUGGUAAUGGGCAGAGUAAUAUGUAUAAUAGAGAUGAAAGCCGGCCUAAUGAAACAAGAUAG